AUGGAGUUUCAAAAGGGCUUGAAGCUGGAAUCAGAUAUCAGAGAGAAAGGUGCUGGGUAUGGAGAUAGAAACCCGGCAUCUACUAAGUCUGGUUCUCUUCAGCUGGCACCGCAGUGGGUUUAUGGAACAACAUUUCCCUUACCCUCUUCAUCGAGAGAUUUAUCCACAUCGGGGUCAGGACUAAGCUUAGCAGCCAGGGGCCAAUUAGCUAUUGCCCAACCCGAGGUGAUACAAAACUUUCUUUUCCCUCUAUCAGAAGCUUUGAAGGAGAAGAUUAUCAGGUAUAGACAAAACUUGGUAAAUCUUCUAUCAGGGGAUAUCAGCUCAGUUGAGAAUAAUGGAUUCAGAAAUCCGCUUUUGGUGGUUGCUGGACCGGACUUUGUUCAGAAUCCAAAUCAGAUUAAAGCCUGUGCUCAGUGGGUCGGUAAAUUUAUUGGGAAGAAGUUUAGUGAUUUACCAAGAGAAGACAUGCUUCCACCUCAAGUUGCUAGUUUAUACCACUGUGAAGAUUCCCUGAAAUAUAAGAAUCUAAUGUUUGCUAUCAGAACAAACUUGUCGAAGUACAAUCAUGAUUAUAAUCAAAUUAAUGACAAAAUAAACUCUGUCAUGACUUAUGAAAUAGAACAAGGGAUACCUAUAUGUCGUGCUCUACUUUGUGAGUUGGCAGAGAUUUGUCCAAUUGUUGGUGAUCCUUCAGACACUAUUACUCCCCAAUAUCUAUCUGAUCUUUAUUGUCUCGGAUUUGUCAGCUCGACAUUGAUUGAGUCUCAAUUGCACAGGGAAUUAGUUUCUGGUUUAUCUUAUAGCAUUGGGUUCCAUACUCUGGAUUGCAACCUAAUUUUCAAUAAAGAUAUAUACAAGCAUAAAAUCAAUUGUGCUUUGGAUGCUAUUUUUGCAUCUUCUCAAAAGCAUCAAUUUUUGUCAGUAACCAAAAUUGGAACUGUGGCCGUUGUUGGAACAAUUGGAAAUGAGGACACUUUUGCAAUAUUGCAAAUCAAUUCUGAAUUGCAUUUAGAAGAUUUGGUUGAGUUGAUUGAUACGAUUUACAUGCACCCAAAGCUUAAGUUUAGUUCCCCCAGAAUUAUGUUAGAUGUUGGGAAGAUUAAAGAAGUUGAAUAUAACGAUAAAUUAUCAAUAAUGAAACAAUUGAUGACGGAUAUUCGAACAAAAUACAAGAUUAUUGGAGUUUUGAUAGACAGCGGUGAAAAUUAUAUCCCCAAAGGGUAUCAUAUUGAAUUGAACGAAAAACUUGAUACUCUUUAUAUCGAUUCAACUUUCAAUUCUUUCGAUCUGGAGUUUCACACUGAAAACAUGCAAGCACAUGAAAAGCUAAUUCAGUUGAACAAAUAUUUUGUUAGAAAUAGAAUCUUCAAAACAAUUAAUAAAGGUGCCAAGAGUGACAUUACUUCAUCUGUCUCCGAAGCUUUGUCCUCCGCCGUUACUAAUGAGCAUUUGUAUAACUAUUAUGAAUAUUUCAUUAAUGCCGAUAGGUUCAUUGAAGAGUUAGCAAAUUUAAGUGAUGCGAGAACGAGUCAAUAG